AUGGCAGCGGCUAGGCGCGGGCAGAUUGAGGUGGAAGCCCGGGACGAGACGCGCGUUCUCCCCUCGCGCCUCUUUGGCCGAAAGCAAAACACCCGCUCGGUCCCCUUCGAGCAGCUGAUCGGCCCAGCCGAGGCCGCCAGCGCGACUUUUGCCCGCGUUCGUGCCCGGGACUUCUUAGUGGAGCAGCUGUCGGGUUCCGCUCGGGUUGUAUGUGCCGAGGGCCAUGUAACCAAGACCCUGAACUAUCUUGAAAUGAGUCCUUCGAGUGUCUUGAAGACUGGACCAUAUGGUAGCUCUUUCAAACCCCACCCACUCAGCCCUGGACGGAUAUUUUCCAAUGAGCCAUCCAAAGCCAAGCUGGACCCUUUUGGUGGUGCACUGAGUCCGUGGGACUGGACCAAGAAUCAGACAGCCAUGGAGCACUUCAAUCAGCGAGCCAAAAGGAAGCCCUCAAUGAAGGCAGGUCGUACCAAGAAAAUCUUUGGAUGGGGGGACUUUUAUUUCAACAUCAAGACCUUGAAGUUUAGCCUCCUUGUGACAGGCAAGAUUGUGGAUCACAUUAAUGGUACCUUCAGUGUCUAUUUCCGACACAACUCCUCCAGCCUGGGCAAUGUUUCAGUAAGCAUUGUGCCACCCACCAAAGUUGUAGAAUUUGAUGUCUUGGUUCCUCCUAUCCCCACCCAACAUCUCCAUCCCCAGCAGUCCACUUUAGCUGAGCCGAAGGAAUCUAAGACUUUCAAUUGUCAUGUGGAGUAUGAGAAGACCAACCGGGCACGCAAGAAUAAGCCCUGCCUGUACGAUCCAUCCAAGAUCUGUUUCACUGAGCAUACACAGAGCCAUGCAGCCUGGCUCUGUGCUAAACCGUUCAAGGUCAUCUGCAUCUUCAUCUCAUUCUUCAGCAUUGAUUACAAGCUGGUUCAGAAAGUCUGUCCAGACUAUAACUUCCAGAACGAGAAUCCUUACUUUGGCUGA